GUUCCCCCUCUUGUGUGGUAAUAAGAUAUUAAAGGAAACAUAUAAUAUGCUCUCUGUAUUAGUUGACUUCUUGGUUUGAACUAAUUCAAUUGUUUAUACAAAGAUAAGGUAUGGGUAGGCUUUUUCAGAAUAUCAUAUUUUAUUAUAAAUGUUGAUGUUUUCAGUUGAGCGCUGAUAUUGUCAUCCGAGUUGCAUCGGUUUUAGUUGUGGCUCAGGUUACAGUUAUGAUCUUUAGCAUAAUCCAAAAUUUCCCAUACCUCAGUCAAGCAUCUGAAUGACAAUAUCAUCACUCAACCUAGUAUUUUAAUUAAGUAGAGUGCGUACAUUCUCAAAUAACUUUAAUUAUAUGUAGACACGCGCACACACGAAACAGCAUGAUCGAGGUAAAGAUGGAGGAACGCUGGAACGGAUCUCAAACACAUGCAUUACCUUCUUAAUCUCAAAAUUUGACAUAAAAUCUUUGGCAUUAAUUAAUAAUCCAUUUCAAUCAUGAUUGAAAGAAUUUUCCACCUUCAAUCUUUUACUUCAGAGAAUAUGUAUGGUUGAUUGCUUCAAAGUUCAAACUAAACUUCAGACGUUUGAGAUUGUUUACCAAUUCCAAGUUCUACGAGCCCUAUAACUGACAAAAGAAAACUUGGAAAAAGGAGGUGCUUCGUUUUUUAUACCCUUAAUGUUACAAAUAAUAAAGAACUUGGAAGUUGUGAUCUGCCGUCCCCUGCAUUUUAUCCUCUCUUUGUCAGUCCAGCCAACUAAUUAGUUAGUUUGGAUACCAUGAAAACCUUCAUCGUACUUUACUUCUUGUGCUGCAGAUUUCCCAUCUCUGUAAUCUCAGCUGUUACAGACACUAUUGGUGCAACUGAAUCAAUUAAAGAUGGCGAGACCAUAGUUUCAUCGGGUGGGAAUUUUGAGCUGGGAUUCUUUAGUCCAGGUAAUUCCAAGCGCCGGUAUAUAGGAAUAUGGUACAAGAAGAUAUCUACAACAACAGUGGUAUGGGUUGCCAACAGAGAUGUCCCGCUAAACGAUACAUCAGGAGCUUUGAAACUUUUGGACCAGGGAAUUCUUGUCCUUUCAAAUGAUGCUAAUAUCACCAUUUGGUCUGCAAAUUCAUCAAGAUCAGCUACCAAUCCGGUUGCAGAGCUUUUGGAUACAGGAAACCUUGUAGUAAGAGAUAGAAAUGAAAAUGAUCCGGAAAAUUUACUCUGGCAAAGUUUUGAUCAUCCCGGCGAUACGUUUCUGCCGGGGAUGAAGUAUGGAUUUAACUUGGUAACAGGCAUUAAUCGGCAGCUUACAUCAUGGAAGAGUGUUGACGACCCUUCAACUGGUGAUUAUAUUAAUCAUCUUGAUCCUAAUGGAGUGCCACAGUUUUUUCUAAUGGAGGGUCCAGAUGAUAAAUUCCGGACAGGACCAUGGAAUGGUCUUCAUUUCAGUGGGAUGCCAAAUUUGAAACCGAACCCAAUUUAUACGUACGAGUUUGUUUUCAAUCAGGAGGAGACUUACUAUUCAUAUCAUCUUAUUAACACCUCAGUUGUUUCGAGAAUGGAGUUAAAACCUGAUGGCAAUCUGCAGCGUUUUACUUGGAUUGAUCGGACCCAGAGUUGGAGCCUUUACUUAACAGCACAAGUAGAUGGCUGUGACAGGUACAGAUUGUGCGGUGCAUAUGGUACGUGCAACAUCAAUAAUUCCCCAUAUUGUGGGUGCAUAAAAGGAUUUGUGCCAAAAUUUCCUGAAAACUGGAACGCGGCGGAUUGGUCACAUGGAUGUGUGCUAAAGACGCCUUUGAGUUGCAGCGAUGGAGAGGGCUUUGUGAAAUAUUCUGGCAUUAAGUUGCCAGACACACGGCAGUCCUGGUAUAACAGGACUAUGGACCUUAAUGAAUGCAAGAAGCUUUGCUUAGAAAACUGCACUUGUACAGCUUGUGCGAAUUUGGAUAUCAGAGAAGGUGGAAGCGGGUGCAUACUUUGGUUUGGAGAUCUGAUUGAUAUCAGAGAGUACUCUGAAAAUGGGCAAGACAUCUACAUAAGGAUGGCUGCCUCUGAAUUAGCAACAUAUGGAAGCUCAAAAGGAAAGAAACGAGUGAGGACCAUAGUUAUCUCUGUACUGUCUUUUGGAAUGGCUCUCCUUGGCCUAAGCUUGAUGUUAUUUGUCCUGAAGAAGAAGCAAAAAAGAGAAGGAUGUAUCUUAUACAAUCCAGAACAAGGGAUCAGCAAUGGAAGGGAGAAUGAAACUUUGGACCUACCAUUAUUUGAUUUUGCCACCAUAGCUUAUGCCACAGAGAACUUUUCAAAUCAAAAUGAGCUUGGACAUGGUGGAUUUGGACCUGUCUACAAGGGCAUUUUAGAGGCGGGACAAGAAGUAGCCAUUAAGAGGCUGUCAUCAGAAUCAAGACAAGGACUCAAAGAAUUCAAGAACGAAGUUUUUAGCAUUUCCAAACUUCAACAUCGAAACCUUGUGAAGCUUUUAGGAUGUUGCAUCCAAGAAGAUGAAAGGAUGCUCGUAUAUGAAUACAUGCCAAACAAGAGCUUGGACUCCUUUAUAUUUGAUCCAAAGAGAAACAUAUCAUUAGAUUGGCCUCAGCGCUUCAACAUUAUCAAUGGGAUUGCUCGGGGGUUACUUUAUCUUCAUCAAGACUCCAGACUCAGAAUUAUCCAUAGAGAUCUAAAAGCUAGCAAUGUGUUAUUGGACAAUGACAUGAAUCCAAAAAUCUCAGACUUUGGCAUGGCCAAAAUAUUUGGUGGAGAUCAAACGGAAGCACAGACAACCAGAGUGGUUGGAACAUUCGGUUACAUGUCUCCAGAGUAUGCAAUUGACGGACUAUUCUCAGUGAAAUCUGAUGUAUAUAGCUUUGGUGUUUUGGUAUUAGAGAUAGUGAGUGGAAAGAGAAACAGGGGAUUCUGCCAUCCAGACCACAAUCUGAACCUCCUUGGGCAUGCAUGGAGACUGUACAAGGAGGAGAGACGGAUAAUGGAACUGGUUGAUAAAUCUGUAAAGGAGUCGUGCAACCCAACGGAAGUGCUAAGAUCGAUACAGGUGGGUCUAUUAUGCGUGCAGCAAAGUCCAGAACAUAGACCAAGCAUGUCCACUGUGGUUUUGAUGUUGAGUAGUGAGACUGUACUGCCUGUGCCUAAACAGCCUGGUUUUCUCACCGAAAGGUAUCUUUCGGACAUGGAUUCCUCGCGAAGCAAGCGAGAAAUAUCUUCCAGUAAUAGACUCUCUGUUACAUCUGUGGAGGCUCGAUAAUUUUAUUUAUUAAAAAAAAAACCUAAAAGACAUGUAAAUGCUUAAUUGUAGUUCUUUA